GCCGUUUCUUCCGGUUGUACCCAGAAAUUGGGUUCCUCGUGCCAUAAAAUUUGAAUUUUAUAUAAUUACUGGCACUGUUUCAUGCUGGCUUUGUAAAUAUAAUGACCAGCAUUGGUGAAAACGAUUCCAAUGUUUCGAAAAAGCCAUGUCGAUCAUGCAUGGAUUUCAAAUCAUGGAUGAAACAGCAACGUCAGAGCCAGACUACUACAUCUGGUAAGGAUAAUGCUGCAAGUGCCUCAUCAUCUUCGGCCAACACUAUUCCUACUUCAGAGACCUCUGGAAAUGACAGUCAAAAAGAUGAGCCAACACUCUAUGGUAUGGCUGCUAAGGAAGGCUGCCCUGCUGAUGUGAUGUCACUAGGUCGUGGUUCGUGGCGUCUGCUGCACACACUUGCUGCUAAUUAUCCUGAUGCUCCAACUGAAGAGGAAAAACAAAAUGUGACGCAGUUCAUUGAACUCUUUUCUAGGGUCUAUCCGUGCCCUCCCUGUGCCCAGGACUUCAGGGAAUGGCUGGGCAGCAAUCCUCCGGACGUGCGGUCGGGGCCGAUGUUGUCGCAGUUUUUCUGCAGAGCGCACAACGAAGUCAACAGGAAAUUGAACAAGAAGGAAUUUGACUGUAAACUUGUGGAUGAGCGGUGGAAGCUUGGCUGGAAAGACGGUUCUUGUGGAUAGAUUUAUUAUGUACUAUAUGUCGAAACUAUGUGGGAAUGAAAACAAAAACUCUGGGUUCUGCUAACAGUAAACGGCCGAAGUAUAUAUAUAUAUUUAGUAAUCUGUGAUAACCAUUUUCUUUUUAAUGUGAAUCACUUGUAAAAAGUAAAAUAUACUUUCUUGCUUAAUACACUAUCAUCGAAAUAUUUCUUGAACUUUGUUACUUCAUAAGUUGCGAUGGUUUUCCACAACCUAUUGGUUAAAGCACGUAGCACUUUGAAAAGCACGUGCAUAUAAUAUGUAGCUUUCAUACAACUGGCGGUACGAUGCAUUCUUGCCGUCAGUUGUACUCUGGCACGAAUGCUUUCUUAUUUUCCCCCCGUUUGUGAGGUCGCGAAUUCUUAUCUUGCGAAUUUACGUCAAAUUCAUGAAACUGACAGGUGCGUUGGCAGCAAUUAUUGUCUAAGAAACAAAACUAUUGAUACACAUGGAAAUCGUUUUAAUAAAAGUCAAUUCUUCAGUUUUCAGAAUUUCAUUAGUAAGUUUCAUACGUUAAAACUUCUUAGUUAAAUACUAACAAUAGUUUUUUUCAGAUGAUUGUUGAAUGUACCGUAUGUUUUAAAGCUUGAAUCACUGUAAAUAAUGUUACAAAUAUUCGUGGUAUAAUCUAAGAAGGUAUUUUAUUCACAAAUUUUGGUUCAAUAAUUAGUUCAUGAAUCUGCUGAAUCUUUCUGACUGAAAGCCACUUGUCAUUUGUUAUACCAGACCAGUAUAUUUGUUAAACCAGACUUUUAUUUUCGUCAUUGUAUUUUGUUUUCCUGUUGUGUGGGCAGGUCUAUGGCGAAUUAAGUAAAUUCUCAAGCUGUCA